UAGUUGGCCCGUCUCUUUGAUCACUUAAUUACUGAGUUCUUAAAGAUCGCUUUUUGCCCUUUUCAAUCUUCGCACGUAUCUCUAUGGCUGCUGAUCUAAAAGUUAAAGGGAUUGCAAUUGUGAUCAUGGGGGUCAGUGGCUCAGGAAAAUCGACGGUCGCCCAGAAACUCUCAGAAUCGUUAGGUUGCAGCUUUUUCGAAGCAGACGACUUCCACUCUCAGGAAAACAAAGAGAAGAUGAGAAAUGGAAUUCCACUUUCUGAUGAAGAUCGGAUUCCAUGGCUUGAAGCACUCCGAGAUGCCACUAUGAAAAAGAUCAACAGCGGAGAGACCGCAGUCCUCACUUGUUCGGCACUACAAAAGAAGUACAGAGAGAUCCUAAGAUCAUCGGAUCAAAACUACCACCCUGGGGACUAUACAAGCUGCAAGGUGAAAUUUGUUUGCUUGAAGGCACCAAAGGAAGUAAUUGCUGAGAGAAUCAGGAGAAGAUCUAAAGAAGGGAAUCAUUUCAUGCCAGAAUCCUUGCUACAGUCUCAACUUGACCUGCUUCAGGUUGAUGAAGCCGAAGGAAUAACUAUAGUGAACGGCACCGAAAGCUUUCAGACAAUUGUAGAUGACAUUAUCACUUUGUUCCGCGCCAAUAAAUCAAACCACAUUUGAUGUAUAGUGCACUUGCACUUGUAUCAAACUGAAAUUGAUUAAAAAUUCAACACAGCAAGAAUAACUCAUCGACCAGUA